CACAACAAAUGACUGAUGAGUAUCUAAAAUACAGCCACCAAUGCGGUUCAGAGGUUGCAUGCCAUUAAGGGCCCAAAUUCUUUGACCAUCUCCUUCCUUUAUUGGCAGGUUACAGUUUACCGCUCAAAAGCUGGCGAGACUCUGUAAGAAACAAGUUUUGGCAUUCAAAUUUGGAUAUCCAUUCAAAUUCUCAUCUGCACCUGCAUCAAACUUUUUUGGCUCUACUCAAUGCAGAAAGUAUUCCAAGAAUUAUGGGCUUCAGUGCCUUGUCGACCACCCGAAUCCGGAAAUCUCCGUCUUUUUCCAGAGAGGCUUCUCCGAGAUCACAGACGGAAUGACCGGAAGAGCAGUUCAUGCAAUAUGCGUAAAGGAGUCCCAUUUAGACAUUUUCCGCCAUAAUACUCUGAUCAAAAUGUACUCCAAGUUUGGGAGAGCUGAGCGUGCCCGUCACGUGUUCGACCAGAUGCUUGAGAGAAAUGAAGCGUCUUGGAAUAACAUUAUUUCUGGGUACGUUCUUACAGGCCGGUAUUGUGAUGCAGUUAGACUAUUCAUUGAGAUGUGGGGUCUAGGGAUUGAAGUAAAUGAAUAUACUUUUGCUAGUGUAUUGACUGCAUUGAGUAGGUCUGAGAGUAUGUGUCUUGAAGGAUAUCAAGUUCAUGGUGUACUCUUGAAGCGCGGUUUAUUGUAUAAUGUUUUUGUGGGAACUUCUGUGUUGCAUUUUUAUGGUGUCUAUGGUCUUACUUCUGAUGCUGCAAACGUUUUUGAGGAAAUGCCUAUGAGGAAUGUGGUGACUUGGACUUCUUUGAUGGUUGCAUGCUCCAAUAAUGGAAAUACGGAGGAAGUUAUAAGUUUAUAUAAGAGAAUGAAGAGUGAAGGGACCAGUUGUAAUCAGAACACCUAUACUGUAGUGAUUAGUUCGUGUAGUUAUCUUGAAGGUGAUUGUGCGGGUCAUCAAGUGCUAGGCCAUGUCGUAAAAUCAGGGUUUGAAAAUAAUGUUUCAGUGGCUAACGCUCUAAUUUCGAUGUUUGGUAAUUUUAACUUUGUAGAAGAGGCUUAUCGUGUUUUUGAAGGCAUGACUGAACGUGACACUAUAUCUUGGAAUUCAAUCAUAUCUGUUCUGGCACAUAAUCAACUUUGUGAGGAAGCAUUUAGAUGUUUCUAUUUUAUGCUUUGUCAACACGAUGAUAUAGAUUCAACGACACUUUCCUCCCUUUUGUCAGCCUGUGGUUCUGUAGAUAAUAUAAAUCAAGGUAGAACAAUGCAUGGUUUGGUGAUCAAACUGGGAUGGAAUUCAAAUAUAUGUAUUUGUAACACUCUUCUUUCAAUGUAUGCGGAUGCUUUACGAUGUUCAGAUGCUGAAAAUUUGUUCCACAACAUGCAAGAGAAGGAUUUAAUUUCUUGGAAUUCUAUGAUGGCUGGGUAUGUUUUGAUAGGUGACGUCUUCAAAGUCUUAAACUUUCUUACUGAGUUGCUUCACAUGGGAAAGUCAGUAAGCUAUGUGACUUUUGCUAGUGCGCUGGCUGCAUGUUCUAAUGCUGAUUAUCUUACUGAAGGGAAGAUAUUGCAUGGACUUGUUAUGACAUCUGGGUUGCAAGACAAUUUGAUAGUUGGAAAUGCAUUAGUCACCAUGUAUGGGAAGCAUGUUAUGAUGGUGGAGGCUGAAAAGGUGUUCUUUAAGAUGCCAGUAAAAGAGUUGGUUACUUGGAAUGCAUUAAUUGGUGGCUAUGCUGCUGGUCAUCAAACCAACGAUGUGGCAAGAAUUUUUAAAUGGAUGAGAGAGUGCAGUGUGACCUCAAACUACAUUACAAUAAUAAAUGCACUUGGCUCCUGCUCAUCUCCUGUUGAUCUCCUGAGUGCUGGAAUGCCGUUGCAUGGACAUAUAGUUCUAACUGGUUUCGAGGAAGAUGAGUAUGUGCGGAACUCACUCAUAACUAUGUAUGCCGAAUGUGGGGAUCUCAAGUCAAGCAACUUUAUAUUUACUCAGGUGGCUUACAAGUCUUUUGUGACUUGGAAUGUCAUGGUUUCUGCAAAUGCCCACCAUGGCCUCUGGGAAGAGGCUUUGAAGCUUCUUCUUGAUAUGCAGAGGGCUAACGUGGAGUUAGAUCAAUUUAGCCUUUCUUCUUCCCUUUCAGCUGCAGCAAACCUGGGGAGUCUGGAGGAAGGCCAACAGCUUCAUUGCUUGGCUACUAAACUUGGUUUUGACUCAUACCAUUACAUAAAAAAUGCUACGAUGGAUAUGUAUGGGAAGUGUGGUGAACUCAAAUAUGUGCUCGAAAUCCUCCCUAAACCAAAUACCCGAUCACGCUUGUCUUGGAACAUUUUGAUGUCUACAUUAGCCAGACAUGGACUUUUUCGUGAAGCCAGGGAAGCCUUCCAUGAAAUGCUUAAGCAUGGUACAAAGCCUGAUCAUGUUACUUUUGUCUCUCUUCUGUCUGCAUGUAGUCAUGGGGGCUUAGUGGAUGAGGGUCUCAAGCAUUUUGCUUCAAUGACUACCGGUUUUGGGGUCCCAGUUGCUAUAGAGCACUGUGUGUGCAUGGUUGAUAUGCUUGGAAGAUCAGGAAGACUUCCUGAAGCAGAGGCGUUCAUCAAAGAAAUGCCGGUGCCUCCAAAUGACUUUGUUUGGCGGAGUUUGUUGGCAGCAUGUAGGAUGCAUGGGCAUGCCGACCUGGCAAGAAAAGCUACCGACUUUCUUCUGACAUCUAAUCCAAUGGAUGACUCUGCUCAUGUUCUGUAUUCCAAUGUCUGUGCGAAUUCUGGGAAAUGGCAGGAUGUCCAGCUCGUUAGAGCCAAUAUGGAAUUAAGCAGCAUCAAGAAGCAGCCGUCUUGCAGUUGGGUUAAAAUGAAAGACAAAAUUUACACUUUUGGUAUCGGAGACCGAUCCUACUCAUUGUCUGAGCAGAUAUAUGACAAACUGGGGGAGUUGAGGAAAAGACUUCAAGAAGUUGGAUAUGUCCCUGAUACAAGUUUCGCUUUGCAUGACACGGAUGAGGAACAGAAGGAACACAAUCUCUGGUGCCAUAGCGAGAAACUUGCCCUUGCCUAUUCUUUGGUUACUACCCCAGAAGGUUCAAAGCUUCGGAUUUUCAAGAAUCUACGAGUUUGUGGUGAUUGUCAUUCCGUCUUUAAACUUGUAAGCAGCUUAGUCAGGAGAGAAAUCAUAUUGAAGGAUCCUUAUCGGUUUCAUCAUUUUAGUGGUGGCAAGUGUUCUUGUGGUGAUUAUUGGUAACCGUGUAUACGAUGUUAUGGUGAGUGGUGACUUGCCAAACUUAUCCAAGAAUCAACCAAAAGAUACGAAUGAAAAACAUUCCAUAAGCACGGGAAGUUUCUUAUGUGGUUUCAAUUUCAGGUGCAAAGAUAGCAUUGUCCCGCAGUAUGCUAAGUCGUGCUCUUGGAGUGAGCAAUUGGUGCAGUAAGUAAACUUCAAGAAACAGCACAUGGUGGGUGACCAUCUUAAACCAUAGAGCAGGGGAGAUGAUAACUUGUAUAGUUGUAUGCCAAGAAAUAUCACCAAUCACUCCAAAAUGUGGGAAAAUAUAGACAGGUACACCUAUGUACCAAUGCAAGCAUAAAAGGAAGUAAUUUGACAGUAAUGAAGCCAUAGCUGUUGACUCAGAGUCAUUGGUUGGAUUUUGCGCUGUUAUCAGCACCGGCACUGGAACACCAAUAAAUGUCAUUAGUGGAAAGUACGAAUCAGGAGAUGUCACCCAGAGUCAGUUACACCAUGGUGGAGAAGGGGUCUGGCUUCUAUUCUGCUCAAUCACGAGGGCGGUAAGCACAAGAAAAUGAGAAAUGUUUUCGGUUUUCUGAAUUUAUGUGUUUCCCUUCUAUCAGCUCACCGUCCAAGCCGUUUUCCUUGUGAACCUGGAUUAUCCAGAUAUUUUAGUUGGUGAUUUAUUAUCCAUGAACUUGUGUCCAACAGCAGGAGCCACUGAUCGACUUCUUCCCCAUCCAUGAGCCUUUUAACAGGCAUGUACUCGCUCCCAAUCAGCUGUGCUCCAAUGGGGUUGUCCUCCUUGACAGAGAAGACAAUGUUGGAAGCCAUAUAAGGAUUGUAAGGUCGAUCAGGCAGUAGCCGAAGCAUGGGCGGUGGUGGCUGGAGCAUGUGCGGCGAUGUUCAAUUCUAUGGUGGUUCUUUUCUGGGCCCUGGUGUUUCGGUGUGUUUUGUCUUCCUCGAUGUAGGGAGUUGCUUUGGUGUCUCAGCCUGCUACUCCUGAUUAUGAGUUAUUGUCUCUCUUCUUUUGGAAUGCGUAAAGAUGGAAUAAGCAUAAAGAGUGUUUUUUUCUCCACCCGGUUCUACAUCUUUUUGGAACGAAGUAAGAUGAGGAAUGUAGUGUUAGGAUGUUUUUACUUGGACUGUAAUUUGCUGGUCUGAUCUGGUCUGGUCUGGUCUGGUUUCUUUGUAGUUUUAUAACUAUCCAAGUCUGGUCUGGUUUGAACUGGUCUGGUCUGGUCUGGGACAAAUUACAGUCCAAGUAAAAACAUCCUUAGUAGCUAGUUCUCUUCUGUAAUAGUAGAAUCACCCCUGUGUGGGGAGCUUUGUAGAAAAACUUUAUUACUUUAUUUCAGCGUUAUUUCUUCUUUAGUAAUACUUGUUUUUAUCAAACAUUCGAGUAUGUUUGGUAAUGAUAUUUGGAUUUCUGAAGUCCCUUUGAUAUGCACUAUUUCAGUUACAG